GCAGCUCACGACCGCCCGCCCGCCGGCCCGCCCGGCGCCGGGCAAUGGCGCUGCUGCGGGACGUGUCGCUGCAGGAUCCGCGGGACCGCUUCGAGCUGCUGCAGCGCGUGGGGGCCGGGACCUAUGGCGACGUCUACAAGGCCCGAGACACGGUCACGUCCGAACUGGCCGCGGUCAAGAUAGUCAAGCUAGACCCAGGGGACGACAUCAGCUCCCUCCAGCAGGAAAUCACCAUUCUGCGUGAGUGCCGUCACCCCAAUGUGGUGGCCUACAUUGGCAGCUACCUCAGGAAUGACCGCUUGUGGAUCUGCAUGGAGUUCUGCGGAGGGGGUUCCCUGCAGGAGAUAUACCACGCCACCGGGCCCCUGGAGGAACGGCAGAUUGCCUAUGUCUGCCGGGAGGCACUGAAGGGGCUGCACCACUUGCACUCUCAGGGGAAGAUCCACAGAGACAUCAAGGGAGCCAAUCUUCUCCUCACCCUCCAGGGAGAUGUCAAGCUGGCUGACUUCGGGGUGGCAGGCGAGCUGACGGCGUCUGUGGCUAAGAGGAGGUCUUUUAUUGGGACUCCUUACUGGAUGGCCCCAGAGGUAGCUGCUGUGGAACGCAAAGGAGGCUACAACGAACUCUGUGACGUCUGGGCCCUGGGCAUCACCGCCAUCGAGCUGGGCGAGCUGCAGCCCCCUCUAUUCCAUCUGCACCCCAUGAGGGCCUUGAUGCUCAUGUCGAAGAGUAGCUUCCAGCCGCCCCGGCUGAGAGACAAGACUCGCUGGACCCAGAAUUUCCACCACUUCCUCAAGCUAGCCUUGACCAAGAACCCCAAGAAGAGGCCAACGGCAGAGAAGCUUCUGCAGCACCCAUUCACAACCCAGCAGCUGCCUCGGGCUCUCCUCACACAGCUGCUGGACAAAGCCAAUGACCCCCACCUGGGCACCCCUUCCCCAGAUGACUGUGACCUAGAGACUUACGACAUGUUUCCAGACACCAUUCACCCCCGGGGCCAGCACGGCCCGGCCGAGAGGACCCCCUCCGAGAUCCAGUUUCACCAGGUGAAAUUUGGCGCCCCACGCAGGAAGGAAACGGACCCACUGAACGAGCCGUGGGAGGAGGAGUGGACGCUUCUGGGAAAGGAAGAGCUGAGUGGGAGCCUGCUACAGUCGGUUGAGGAGGCCCUGGAGGAAAGGAGCCUGACCAUCCGGCCAGCCUCAGAGCUCCAGGAGCUGGACUCCCCAGAUGAUGCUAUGGGGACCAUCAAGAGGGUGCCAUUCUUGAGGCCGUCUGCCGCCGAGCCUCCAGCCGAGAACCCUCUGUCCAGCCCCGUGGGAGCCCCACCCCCGCCUCUCCCGGGCCCUAACAGCCCCCCACUGCUCCCCACUGCCUGGGCCACCAUGAAGCACAGGGAGGAUCCUGAGAGAUCAUCCUGCCAUGGGCUCCCCCCCACCCCCAAGGUGCAUAUGGGCGCCUGCUUCUCCAAGGUCUUCAACGGCUGCCCGCUUCGGAUCCACGCUGCCGUCACCUGGAUUCACCCUGUCACCCGUGACCAGUUUCUGGUGGUGGGGGCCGAGGAAGGUAUCUACACCCUCAACCUGCAUGAACUGCACGAGGAUACACUGGAGAAGCUGAUCUCGCACCGCUGCACUUGGCUCUACUGCGUGAACAACGUGCUGCUGUCACUCUCAGGGAAGUCCACGCACAUCUGGGCGCAUGACCUCCCAGGCCUGUUUGAGCAGCGACGAUUACAGCAACAGGUUCCCCUCUCCAUCCCCACCAACCGCCUCACGCAGCGCAUUAUCCCCAGGCGCUUUGCCCUGUCCACCAAGAUUCCAGACACCAAAGGUUGCCUGCAGUGUCGUGUGGUGCGGAACCCCUACACGGGCAGCACCUUCCUGCUGGCCGCCCUGCCCGCCAGCCUGCUCCUGCUGCAGUGGUACGAACCGCUGCAGAAGUUCCUGCUGCUGAAGAACUUCUCCAGCCCCUUGCCCAGCCCGGCGGGGAUGCUGGAGCCACUGGUGCUGGACGGGAAGGAGCUGCCGCAGGUGUGCGUGGGGGCCGAGGGCCCCGAGGGGCCCGGAUGUCGGGUCCUGUUCCACGUCCUGCCCCUAGAGGCCGGUCUGACUCCUGAUGUCCUCAUACCACCUGAGGGUCUCCCCGGCACAGCCCAGCAAGUGACGCAGGUGGACAGGGACACAGUCCUAGUCUGCUUUGACCGCUGCGUGAGGAUUGUCAACCUGCUGGGUGAGCCCACGGCCAUGCUCGCGCCUGUGCUGACCUUCGACUUCCCCAUUGAGACUGUGGUAUGUCUGCAGGACAGCGUCCUGGCCUUCUGGAGCCAUGGAAUGCAAGGCCGAAGCCUGGACACCAAUGAGGUGACUCAGGAGAUCACAGACGAGACAAGGAUCUUCCGAGUGCUCGGGGCCCACAGAGAUAUCAUCCUUGAGAGCAUUCCCACCGACAACCCUGGGGCUCACAGCAACCUCUACAUUCUCACGGGCCAUCAGAGCAGUUACUGAGAGGGCCACUCCGCAGGUGGCACGCCCCCACCCUGUCCCCAGGCCUUAGUGGCCUUCCCCUUCAGGCAAAGGGGCCCCUCCCAUGUCAGAGGAGCCCAGGUCCUGCUGAUCGGAAGGGCAGAAAUAAUUCUGAGAAGUUUCGGGACUGGGGCAGGGAGGGGAGCCCUGGACCAGAGGAAGCUGCUGUCCCCUCCCCCACCCUGUGGGCAACCAGGGCCCUGGCCACAGGGCAGGGUGGGGGCAGGCCCGGUGAUCCAUUCCAUUUUGUUCCACAUUUCCUUUCCAUUCUUCUUGCCAAGAGCCUGCCCCUGCACCCUGUCCUGGGGAACACAGUAUUUAAAAGAGAGACUAUAUUGGUAUUAAAGCUGGUUUGAUUUUACUCCGCUGAUCCCUCUUUGUUGGGGGGAGCUGAGGAGGAGGAGCCGGGGGGCUUCAUCUCCCUCCUCCCUCCAGCACGUCCUUCUGGCACCCGUGCGAUGGGCGCACUGUGGAAGGGCGGGCCGCCAGUGUUCCGGUGGGUUCCCUUAAUUGAGGAGCCAGGCAGAGGUGAUGGAGAGGCAGGUGGCCCCGGAAGGCCUCUCAGGGGCACUGCCUUCCACGGUGCCCCUGCUCACCAUGAACCCUCUGCUGUGUAACAUGAGGUCUCUCUUCCGGCCAAGGAAUCAUGCAGAUGGGGGAGGCCGACUGAACAAAGGGACUCUCUCCGGGGCCCUCCUGCCCCCUAGAGGAUCUCGCCAGGCAGCUGGCACCCAGGAAGGCCAGCCCCUGGCAGCUCCUCCCAGUGCCGGCGAGGCUGUGGUUUGUGGACACUGCCUGUGGUGAUCUGCAUCCCCUGCCCAGGCCUGGGGCUGCCUCCCUGCCUCCCACCUGCUGCUUAGGUAUCAGCGGGCCGCGUCAGACCAGUGCUGCUAAAUAUGGGCUCAUCACCAGGCCAGGCUCCAGGAAGAUUGGCCUGUGUCCAUUUAACAAGUAUUCCCAGACGGACUUUCUCAGUGCCAGAUCUGGGGCCCACAGAGAGGUCACUACCAAGAUAUGGACCAGUCCCCAGGGAAGGGAGCUGUCCUUGCUGGAGCCUGCGUCUUGAGGGCAUGUGUGUCUGCCCAGGGCUGACCUUGUGCUUUGCAUUGUCAUUCACCCACUUUUCCCUCUUGAGGGCUCCAUACCCUCAGGCCAGGGAGCCCCCACUGCCCCCAUUGUCCCAGACACUGACCAGGCUGCUUUUGUCCAGAGCUUGUGGGCAGGUGAGGCCAAAGAGGUCGGAGGGCAGCUGGCCUUGAAGGAGAGGUGAGGUGCACACUGAUCGUCAAGGUAACUGUUUGAAUUAAGAACUUCUCUAGCCGGUGGGCUGCUGGUAUUUGAUAAACGGAUGCAUAUGGCAGCUUAUGUGAAGACCCGCAGCAGCCCAGUCCCUAUACCCCUUGCCAGGGGUCCAGGAUGAUCCCAGGCUGUCAUAGUGUCCCCUUGUCCACUCUCCCGCAGAGCCCUGACUGCUUUGACUCCUGGGGUUUCUCGGCUGAAAUGGACUGUCAGGCAGGGAAGGAGAUGAAGCUGCCGUGCAUUGGCACUCAUACGUGUGCAGAUCUCCCUGAGACCCAAAGGAGGGUGACAAGUACCUCCCAAGUUCGGAAGGUCUGCACCUACGUGGCAGACACUUGAUGGGCCAAAUGGUGGAGCGACAGGGACAGAAUUCCUAACUUCCCCAUCUCCAGAUUUCUUGGCGGGGGUGUGGGAUUCAGUUGAAGCGAGCCAGGGAUGGGAAGGUGAGCUCCCACUCAGCAGAGGCCCCUGACCCUGAUCCCAGGUGCCUGGGGAGGACAGACCUUCCACCCACGGAGCAGCGGGCGGCAGAGAGCGCCACCUUGUGGCAGGUUGCCCCAGUCCUCCGCUGCCACCCACGUCUGAAAAGGGUUUUACAGGGAGUCAAGAGCGUUAACAUGCCAAAGUGGGAGAUCAGGGAAAAGCAAGGGCUUUGGAUAAAAUAUUCGCUGGCAGCACCGGCUGGCCACAAGCCAAAGAAAGCCCAGGAAGCUGGGAGUUUGCGCUGAAAGCCUGAGUAUUAUUUUGUGUAUUUUUAAAUAGGUAGCUCUUGUCUGUGGCACACUAUUUUUUAAAAAUACAAAAAAGAUACAAUGAAAAGUCACCUACCUAGGUCUCAGUUACUUAUGAACCUUUCUGGAAGGACUUAAGCCAUUCAAUAUGAUUUCUUCUUCCUUUUUUUAUACCUGUGGUAACAUAUUCCACAUACCUUUCUGCUCUUACCCUUUCAAAAUCUGCCCUGGAGGGCUUUCCAUGAUCACUGCCUCCCUCUUUGUUUUUUUUUCUAGCUGGUGGUGUUCCAUCCUAUGGGCUUCCCACAACUCCUGUUCAUUAACCGUGAUUAGAUCUCUUUGGUUGUAAAUUUGUUUCUACGACUUUGAUAUCAUAGACGACACUGCAAUAAAUAUUCUCGUGCAAUAAA